AUGCAGACCGUGACAGUCCUUUCUGUGACCUCUAGUCGAUAUGCAGACAGUGGUUUCCUGAGACCUCUAGUCGAGGAUGUUGGGUCUCACCCACACCCGACCUCAUCUAUCUAUCUAUCUAUCUAUCUAUCUAUCUAUCUAUCUAUCUAUCUAUCUAUCUCAGUUUCUUUAUAUCUAUCUAUCUAUCUAUCUAUCUAUCUAUCUAUCUAUCUAUCUCAGUUUCUUUCUUUCUUUCUAUCUAUCUUUCUUUCUUUCUUUCUUUCUUUCUUUCUUUCUUUCUUUCUUUCUAUCUCAGAUGUUGGGCCUUACGCACACCUGACCUCAUCUAUCUAUCUAUCUAUCUAUCUAUCUAUCUAUCUAUCUAUCUAUCAUCUCAGUUUCUUUAUAUCUAUCUAUCUAUCUAUCUAUCUAUCUAUCUCUAUCUAUCUAUCUAUCUCAGUUUCUUUCUUUCUUUCUAUCUAUCUUUCUUUCUUUCUUUCUUUCUAUCUAUCUAUCUAUCUAUCUAUCUAUCUCAGUUUCUUUCUUUCUAUCUAUCUUUCUUUCUUUCUUUCUUUCUUUCUAUCUAUCUAUCUAUCUAUCUAUCUAUCUAUCUAUCUAUCCCAGAUGUUGGGCCUUACGCACACCCGACCUCAUCUAUCUAUCUAUCUAUCUAUCUAUCUAUCUAUCUAUCUAUCUAUCUAUCUAUCUCAGUUUCUUUAUAUCUAUCUAUAUACCUAUCUAUAUCAGUUUCUUUAUAUCUAUCUAUCUAAGUUUCCUUAUAUCUAUCUAUCUAUCUAG